CGAUCGUCCCGCGAGCAUCGCUUUCUUCGUUCCUCCAUCUUCCAUCUCCGCUUCCACCAAUUCUCAUGCGACCCGCCCAACCAUGACUCGAUCUGCCAAGGUCCUCUCAUUCACAUCCCAGAAAGGCUAAGCAUUUGCAGUCCUUGGUCUUCUAGACCGUUGCAUAUACAAUGGCGUCGCGAUCGGCCCUCGCCCGAUUCCCGCUCGCAAAGUCCAUCGCCAAAUGCUUCCCCGGCCACUUCAGACGGAGGAACACCAGAAGACCGGAAAUUGUCAGUGAGGAACUAUGUGAUCAUGCUCUGCAGCGCCUGUCGCCCUUCCUCCUCCGCAAUCGUCCCGUUGACAUCCUCGACCUGUGGCCGGGAGCUGGCCUCUGGUCAUCCAAGAUAAACCGUCUUCUCCAACCGCGAAGCCACCUUCUUGUCGAGCCCGAGCUGGAGCUCUUCCGACCUCUGCUGGAUCCUCUGGCCCAAAGCCAUCCCUCCUACAAAAUGCUCUCCAUGGACAUUUUCCCCAUCAACGAUUGGAGACCUGUGCUCAUGGAGCAUUUCCCAGAGCAAGGCCCGGACAACUGCAGCCGGACCGGGCCCCUGCCGCAGAAUGACACCCUCCUGGUGCUGGCUAAUAUGCCCACCAGCACCUCCGAGAAAGAUCAUUUCACCGCCGGCCGAUGGCUGCAGAUGUUCAUGGAAACAUGCAUGCAGCAGACGGGACUGCACGCCUACGGAAGUGUCCGAUUGCUGGCGACGCUCCCUUCCAACGAAGCACAAACCCUCCUCCCCCGCUACGUGGUCGAGCGCAGACGGGUGGCGCUAUGGACCGAAAACGUCGCGUUGCAUGCCUUCGAAGUCGCCGCGCCGGCAGAAGAGAGAUUCUGGGUGAACCACAAGGGAUUCAACGUCGCGACAAGGAACGCCGCCCGCGUCGCGGAGAGAGCCGCCGAGAACAACAUCAUUACGCCCCCAGGCAGAGAAGUCGCGCCGCUGCUCCCAGCCCCCGAGAGUCCCGAUCCUGGCCGAAAACCCACGCCCUAUACCCCGCGCAUUCGCACUACCCUUCACGACCGAUUAUGGGACGACAUCCAGGCUCUGGAAACGAUGACCCGGACCUCUCCGGGCUACGCCGAUGCCAAAAAGAAGCGCAACCGCGCGCAGACCCGUCUCAACCGAGACAAUCGACAAGCCUACUUCCUCCAACAAAUGGUCGACCGGUCGCGAGAAAUCGAUGCCCACUACGACGCCCUAUCCCGAGCUGCAGCCGAUCCCAACACCAACUCAACCACCUUACAGCCCAUCCUAGACAAGAUCACCGCACUCCGCACCGCCAUCGCCGCCGAGGCGCAAGAAAACCCCGACCUGCCCAAACACUUCCCACCCCUCUACGACAGCCACCGCGCCUCCCUCCGCGGCGACCAGAACUUCGACGACGCGCUUCUCGCCUGGGACCGUCGCCCCUUCGAGCCCUUACACAUCCAACCCGACGAAUUCUACCCAUCCGGCGUCGACCGCACCAUCAUCUACUUCGAAGCGAACCCACACUCCCCCGCCAUCCAAAAAAUCAACACCCUCGACCCCUCAGACCGCAGCAACGCCAUCCGCCUCUUCGAAAACCUCACCCUCUCCCUCGGCCGCGGCCGCGAAGCCAUCUCCGCCGCCGAAGUCUUCAACCUCAUCUUCCCCGGCCGUCCCACCAACGACAUCGUCAAAGCCAUCCCCAGUCUCGCCGAAUACGCCACCAAAACACCCAAACCGGACUUCGACCACCUCCCCAAAACCGUCCACGGCGAACCCCGUCCCGGCACCGAUGUCCCAGACCCAGCGAUCAGUUUCCAAGAGAACCUCGACUACGAUCUCAGCGACGUCCGGGUCCAUAUCCUCUCUACCUCGACCAUCUGGGAUAUCUGCGUCGAGUAUCAGCGGACGGGCGUCCCGUUGUCUAGUGUCCAGUUGAAUCGCGUGUUUGGGGGGACCUUGACGUCGUAUAAGAUGGGGGUGCAUCGCGAGAAUGGCAAGCAGAGACUUCAUUGAUUAUGUAUACUAUGGAUGAUGAUAUGUAAACUUAAUUGGGCCAGUCGGUAUUUAGAGAUAGACUCUUCCCUUGUGAAUUGGGAUUGGAUAUAGAUUUGGAUAGAGGAAUACGAGAAGGAAGACUACUCUAUGCUCAUCUUGCGACUAGUGCUUUAGCGCGACG